UUGGUUUCUUCUAGGUACUACAAAUCGGACGAUGACACGUAUGUGGUCGUGGAUAACCUUCGAAAGUAUUUGGCAACGUUCAAUCCAAAUGAGCCGCAUUACAUUGGGUUCAGGCUGAAAAGGAGAAUGCCACAUCAUGGGUAUAACGCCGGUGGAAGCGGGUAUGCGAUGAGCCGAGAGGCCAUGAAAAUUUUUGCCGAGCAACUAUUUCAUAUGAAAUCGCUGUGUCCAUACCAUGAGUGGGAAGAUCUCGCUGUGGCCAGAUGUCUAGCGAGCAUAGGCAUUUAUCCAGUGGAUAGCCGGGAUGAAAAGCACCGACAAAGAUUUCUUCCAUGGAAACCUGAAUAUCAUUAUCAUGCUGAUCUGACCAAAUCGUUCCUCAUGGAUCCUAUCGAGCACUGGGGACCAUCCAUAUUCCACGAGAAUCUUAUCAGUAUGCAUCAUCUACAACCGGAAGAUUUGCGUCUCAUCGACGGAUUGCUAUACGGGGUGGCGGCGGGGAUCUGGAAUCGGACCAAGCCACGGGUGGAAAGCACUCUCGAGUCACCGCCAGCAUCCUGA